UUUGUUAGUCCACUUUGACCGUUCGAAUGAAUAAUACGCUCAUCGCAACGCCUAUCACAUCUUUUUAGUUUGACUUUUGAAAGAAGAAACAAAGUAAAUAAUAAAACUUGCGUGUGUUAACGUAAUUUAUAAGAGAAAAAAAGGAUUUCGAUAUUCAAAAAUGUCAAGUGUUUUCGUAUACUUUUUGGUGUUGUUGGCGACAUCGAAUAUGGUUUCGAGCAGAAUCGUGAACAACAGGAAGUGUCCGGAAGUCAGAGCAGUUCCUCAUUUCGAUUUAACUCAGAUGCUUGGAGACUGGUUCGUGGUAGAGUACUAUGCUAGCGAAGAAGAAGCGCUGUCCUAUAGCUGCAUGAGAGCUGUAUUUACACAAGAUGACCACGUUCAGGGAGAAGAUGGCACCAUCGAAUGGACACCCGGAGUGACUAUGAACUUCACCUACCGUUUUGCUGACGACCCAUUGGAUGAGAAUCUAUUGGGAAAUAUCACCUGGAAAGUAGAUAUGAAAGAGCCGGCUCAUUGGACACAUUCCGAAAUCACUUAUGACGGGAUAUACAACACAUACGUCCUUGACACGGAGUACAUGACCUGGAUGCUGUUGCUACAUUGUGCUGAACAGAGGGAGGGGGCCAGGUAUCUUAGUGCCUUCGUGCUCUCCCGGACCACUUCUCUACCCAAAAAUGUGAUGGCAUAUUUGAGGGAUAAACUACCGAGGUACGACGUAGACAUCAAAUACGUAUUCCAGAUACCCCACAGCAACUGUUCAGACAAACCAGCCAAGGCAGACUACUCUCCCAUACUGGUGGAAGUGGGUAGUAAGGUGCCGCGAAAACCAGGCGUCUCAUACAAUAUCGGCUUUGGGCAUUGAGUAACAUGUAAAAUAAAAGCGUGUUAAAAAUGUGUU